CGGUAUGGACUUCCGGUGUGGAUGUUGUGGCGGCGCCAUCUUGCCUGCAGUAGGGUACUCUUGGUUACUCUUGCUUUGACUAGCCACUAUUUAUUUGUUUUUUGAGGAAUAAGAAUCAGCUCGAAAAUCUUAAUGGGAUAGCAUCUUUAUCAGCACUAUGUUUCAUUCAUAAUUAUUAUUUAUUUAUUUAUUUGAGUUCCAGUUGGGUUGUCUCUCCUCCGGUGAGCAUCAGCAUGCCUCAGCAGCAGCAGAUCAGUUUGCAGUUCUUCCUCCCUCGGCUCCGUCACAGCAGGACUCUGCUCCUUUACCUGUCGUUUUUCGUGUUUUGUCGUUUUCGUUUUUUUAAGAGUCCCGCAUUUUGCAGCCAUGGCGGACAUCUACUGUAAGGACGACCAAUACGACUGUUUGUGAGAGUUUGCAGCCUCCUGUGCGGGGGCUGUUGUCUCCGUGGACGCACUAAAUGAUUUUCAUUGAGAAAAGGCUUCGGACGUUCAGUGUUGUGAAUGUGCUCGAGUGAUCAUCAAUGGUUUGAUUAAGAUGGGAAAUAAACAAACAAUAUUUACCGACGAGCAACUUGAUGCAUACCAGGACUGUACAUUUUUCACCCGCAAAGAAAUUCUGCGGUUGCAUGGAAGAUACCAUGAGUUGGCUCCACAUCUUGUACCAAUGGACUACACCAACGAUCCGGACUGUAAAGUGCCUUUAGCCUUAAUAGUCAGCAUGCCAGAGUUAAAGGAAAACCCAUUCCGCAACAGGAUUGUUGAGUCUUUCUCCGAGGAUGGGAUGGGGAAUCUCAGCUUCAAUGAAUUCGUCGACAUGUUCUCAGUCCUCAGUGAGACGGCUCCCAGAGAACUUAAGGCCAUUUAUGCCUUUAAAAUAUAUGAUUUCAAUGUGGAUAACUACCUGUGUAAAGAGGACCUUGAAAAAACUCUGAAUAGGCUGACAAAGGAGGAGCUGACCCCUGAAGAGGUGGAUCUGGUUUGUGAGAAGACCAUUGAGGAGGCAGAUUUGGAUGGAGACAACAAACUCUCCUAUGCUGACUUUGAAAAUAUGAUAACCAGGGCUCCUGACUUUUUAAGCACUUUCCAUAUACGAAUCUGAUUUCAACGUUUUCAUUGUCGACAGUGUGGUGAACCUUUAGGACUCUGCACCCUGUCCUGGCCACAGCACAGUGCCUGUUUCCCCUGUCCAUCGACAAAAAACACAUGUAUCAGUCAGACAGCAAAAAAACUGAAUACAACUGAUUCUCCUGGAUACUGACGUCCUUAACUGUGGAUGAAAAUGUAUCAUCUUUUUACCAGUUUUGAAAGGGCUUGACCUCAAAUGGUCUCAUGUUGGGAGAAAAGGCUAUUCCUUCCAUAUGUUAUGGAUGAAAAAGUGAGGAGUGAGCCAGACUGCCUAUGAAGCACACUUCUGAAUGCAUUAAAUGCUUAUCUACCUAUAUUCCAUAUGGGAUACUCCCAGUCAAGUCUUCCUACCAUGACACACAAGACAUUAAGUAUUGAUAAAGCUAAGGACAAAGCUUGAAGUUAAUGAAAGCACAGUGUUGGCAUUAAGGCAUGCAGACGUUUUAUAUGAGCUAUAUUUAUACAUGCUGUGCUUACUGUCAUUUGAAGUUAUUUCUGUAUGGAACUGGAGACUGACAAUCAUUUCUUACUGUUCUCUGAUUAGACAAAGGGCUCUCUCAUCUGGACUAUUUCUGUAAGCUGUCAUCUUUUGCCUCAGCCAUUAUCAUGAGAUUUUACACACAGCCAUGUUUUUUGGAUUAAGGCAUUACAGUUUUUAAUGCUCUUUCAGGUAUUUAUCAUAUGUUGAAUAAACAUUUUUUUUCUCU